AUGUGGUCGGCUGAUGACAGUUGCAGUGGGGAUGGCCUACGCAUGACGCAGAUCAUGAACAACCUAGUGUCCAAUGCCUGCAAGUUCACGGAUACCGGCUAUGUCAUACUCUCUGCUAAACUGCUCGAGAGUGUGCGUGACGGCAAAGCAACCAUCCAGGUGUCAUGUCAAGACACGGGCAUAGGCCUCACCCCCGAGCAGAUGGAGAAGGUCUUCGAUGCGCUGUACCAGGUGCGGUUUAGCGAGUGCCGUUUUAAUGUGUUGUGUUUGCGUGAUGUGGUGCUGGGUGUGCGCAUGGUGUGGGUGUGA